AUGGCAAGGUGGAUUCGAUGGACGGCGUGUCUGAACGAUGUGGCAGCAGUUCGUAUUCCUCGAUAUUACUUCGGAAAUGGUGCUUUGCUAGAUUACGACUCACUUCAACUUCACAUUUUUGUGGAUGCGAGUGAGAACGCGUACGGGGCUGUUGGUUAUUUCCGAAUAUCGGCAGCUGGGGUUCCUCGUUGUUCGCUAGUUCAAGCCCGUUCCAAGGUUGCUCCAAUUAAGCCGCAUUCUAUCCCACGUUUGGAACUGAUGGCUGCGGUGUUGGGAGCCCGGCUUAAGGAUACAAUACUGACAAGUCACAAUCUACAGGUAAAAAGACUAUUCUUCUGGACUGACUCACGAACUGUACGGUCGUGGAUAACGUCUGAUGCACGAAAGUAUCGUCAGUUCGUCGCAUUCCGUAUUGGCGAUAUCGUCUCGCGAACAAAGGUCCCUGAUUGGAGGUGGAUACCGACGAAACUUAACGUCGCCGAUAAGCUGACGAAGUGGUCAAAAGAAUCGCUCCUACAGACGAGUACCGUAUGGCAAAGAGGACCAGCAUUCUUGUAUCGCCCCGAGAGCGAGUGGCCCAGUGACGCAGUGGUAGAACCGAACGUCCCAGAAGAGUUUCGAGCCGCUUGCUCGUUCCAUAGAACGGAAACGGAAUUCCAAUUCAUAAAUGUGUCCAGGAUCUCAAAGUGGAAUGUGAUAGUACGAACUGUAGCGUUAGUCAUACGGUUUGUGGCAAACCUACGCAGAAAAGUGCAGAAUCAGGCAAUACUAACGAUUCGAGCUCUGCGGAACUUCAAUUACCAACAUAAGGUGAAUGCGGUACGAAUGGGCCUGCAGAGAGAAGAGUUCCAGCGCGCGGAGGAGAUAUUGUGGCAACAAGCGCAAUGGGAAGCAUUCGCAGACGAAAUAUGUAUUUUGCGCCGUUUGCGGGAUAACAACGGUGAGUGCAACGCGAAGAUCGAGAAGCGAAGUCCUCUUUAUAAGCUUUCACCAAUCCUGGACGAUAAGGAUGGACACUUGAUAACAUCACGAGUGAUCGAGCAUUAUCAUCGGCAGUUGGGGCAUGGACAUCGAGAAGCCGUGGUAAAUGAGCUGAUGCAGAGAUUCUGUAUUCCAAAGAUUAGAGUUGAGGUGGUGAAGGUAAUGCGAAACUGCGUAUGGUGUAAGGUGUACAAAUGCCAUCCGGCCGUGCCAAAGAUGGCACCACUACCAGUGCAAAGGGUGACACCGUUCCUGCGACCCUUCACAUACACGGGUGUUGACUAUUUCGGUCCGAUUACAGUCACAGUCGGUCGGCGCAGCGAAAAGCGGUGGGUGGCUUUGUUCACUUGUUUCACGACCAGGGCAGUUCAUUUAGAGGUUGUUAGGAGUCUUUCUUCGACAUCCUGUCUAAUGGCAAUUCGAAGGUUUGUGUGUCGACGAGGGAGUCCGCUAGAGUUUUUCUCGGACAAUGGCAUCAAAUUCGUUGCAGCGAGUAAGGAGUUGGAGAAGAUUGAGGAAGAGUGCAGUGAAAAUUUCACGAACGUAAGAACGAGGUGA